UGGGCGAUGUCUGAAAUCUGUUGCUUGUUGGGUGGCGCGUGGUUUGCGGGUUGGAGCUGCUGGUUGUGCAUUAGAGAUGGAGAUUGCAGCUUUGGUGACGCGGGGUAUGGCACUGGAGCUUCCACCAGGGAUGGCGAGGCCGAGAAGGAAUUUGAGAAUGGCAUGGAGUCGGUGGUACUUCCCCUGGAGCUCUACAGCGUGAGGGAGCGAGGGAGAGAGGAGUGCCCGAUUUGCCUUGGGGAGUUUGGCGACGGGCAAGAGGUGGCUGUGUUGCCCAAGUGCAAGCACUUCUACCAUCGCGACUGUCUCUCGUCGUGGCUCUUCAGGCAACCCACUUGCCCGCUUUGCCGCUGUAGCGUCCGACACGGGCCAACCGAACUUAAAAGGCUCUAAAAUUGUUUAGGAGAUCUCUUGGAAUAGAAGAAAUGUGAGUUGCUCUUCAUUAAACAGCUAUGCGUCCUACCGAGAAAGAUUGUUAUACCAAAACAAAAACAAUACCAUCGUUUAGGUUUACUA